AUGGGAUACAGUAAAUAUCGGGAUACCAAGAGAUGGGAAAUGAGGAAGAUGAAAGCCGCCGGACUGAGUGUGGAGGAGACAUACUCUGAUGAGGACAAUCAUCUAGCUCCGGAUCUGGUAUAUAAAGAGAGCAUAGAUGAGUUUCUGGGAAGAAAAAUACUUGACAGUACUUUGAAGAAUAGAGUCGAAGUAGAGAAGCCAGAUACGGAGAUAGGUAAAGUGGCAAAGCGAGAAAGCGUGUUUUUGAAUAUGCACCCUCGGAGCAAUACGAUUCCAUUGAUAGGUGAAGAAAUCUCCCAAGAGAUUCCAAAGAAGCUUCCUAUCGAAAGUUUUAGAAGCGAUUUGAUGAAAUUCAUAAGGGAACAUCAAGUGACGGUUUUGGUUGGAGAAACAGGAUCUGGGAAGAGCACGUUGGUGCCCAAGUAUCUUUAUCAAGAGGGAUAUGGAGAAAAGGGAAUUAUAGGAUGCACACAGCCGAGAAGGGCUGCAGCAAUGAAUUUAGCAUCCACUCUGGGAAGUGACAUGGGAUCUCUUGUAGGAUAUUCGAUCAGAUUUGACAAUACAGUGACGCGGAACACUAAGAUAAGAUAUAUGACCGAAGGAAUUCUUCUUCAAGAGCUGCUAGGGGACAAACUACUUAAGAAAUACUCUGUAGUGAUACUGGACGAAGCACAUGAAAGAAGCACAAACCUGGAUAUAUCCAUGGGACUACUGAAAUGUGUUUUGAAGGAAAGGAAAGAUUUGAAGCUUGUAAUAAUGAGUGCCACAAUCGAAGCCCAGAAGUUUUCCAAUUACUUUGGAUGUUCAGUCUUCAAUAUCGAAGGUAGAAGUUUCCCUGUUGAGAUUCGAUAUUUGAGCGUGAAUGUCGAUGACUAUGUCGAAUGGGCGGUUAAGAAGAUCCUUUAUAUCCAUGAGAAUUGCGAUGAAGGAGAUAUUCUAGUUUUUAUGACGGGAAAAGAGGAUGUCGAAGGUGUUGUGGGAAUAGUGAAUCACUAUGCCCAGAAUAAGCGUUUGAGUAAAGAAAAAGAGGACGGAAGGGAAAUGGAUCUUAAGGCUCUCCCAUUUUACAGCCAACUUUCGGAGGAGGCACAGAGUCAAGUGUUUCUGAGAGAAAGAAAUGUAAGAAGAUGCAUUGUUUCUACAAAUAUAGCCGAGACAUCCUUAACCAUCCCAAACAUUGGAUAUGUUGUAGACACAGGGUUGCAAAAGAUAAGUAUCUACAAUUAUGAUACGGGAGAGUCGUUGGUGAAGAUUCCGGUAAGCAGGGCAGGGGCAGACCAAAGAGCAGGGCGUGCAGGAAGAACAAGGCCAGGUGUAUGCUACAGAAUGUAUACAGCAAGUACUUAUGAGAAUGAUCUUCUCCCUUCUUCAGUGCCAGAAAUACAGAGAACAAACAUACACGAUGUCAUUCUUCUACUCUUAAAGCAUGGUGUUCAAGAUAUAUUUGGAUUUGAUUUUCUUGAUAGUCUCUCAAGGGAGUUGAUUCAUAAUGCCUUAUUUCUUCUUUAUCGCUUAGGAGCGGUUUGCCAGAAGGGCCUCCUCACUAAAAGUGGAGAAGAAAUGAGUGAAUUAAAGCUAGAGCCUCCUCUUGCUCGGAUGGUUAUAAACUCCAUAAACUAUGGUGUUGUUGAUGAAAUAACAAGCAUAGUUGGAAUGCUCAGUAUUUAUGGACUUUUUGAUAAAGACUUCGAUAAAUCGUCGUCUCUAUACCAUCAGAGUUGUGACUUCAUAACUCUUCUGAACAUAUUUAACGAAUUCAUUUCGAGUAAAAAUAGAAAUGAAUGGUGUAACAAGGUGAAAGUUAAUGGGGAUGCACUAAAAAAGGCCAUGGAAAUCAAAAAGGCAGUAUUAAUGACCUUGAAAGGAAGAGGAAUAGAAAUAUCCCGCGCAAGAUCUCUAGAGCAAAUCCAAAGGUGUAUUGUAUCUUCAAUAUACUAUAACAUAGCCAAAAGAAGUAAUAAGGGAUAUGUUUCCUUAAGCAACUUCCGUAAAUGUGCAAUCCAUCCGUCUAGUGCACUUAAAGAUAAUCCCUGCCAAUAUGUUUUGUUUUAUAAGCAUCUUAGCACAAGAGCAGAGUACAUGUAUUGUUGUUCAGAUAUAAGCCCGCAAGUGAUUCUAGAAGAGGCAGGAGACUACUAUAGAGAUAGGAAUGAGAUACUUGGAGCCCAGAAGUAUCCUGCCUACAAGAGCUUGGGGUGUGAGGUGUACGGGGAAGAAAACCUCGAGUACGAUUUGCUUGGAAGCCUUAGUUCAAGAGCCAGGAUCCUAGAUAAGAAGGAGAUUUCUUUAGGGGGCAGUCUCUACGAUAGAUUUGAAAAAUGGACUGAGCCUGAGGAAGACAAAGAAGAAACUGUGGAGCUACCCAGGAAGAUAAGGAAACCAAGACUAUAA